GUGGGUCGCCGAGGCCGCGCGGACCGUCCGGCAAAUUCCGCCUCCGGUCGUCGUACCAUCUAGUUCGCAGCAACAUCAUCAUCAAUCGCAGCAAACGUCGCAACAGCAGCCGCACAGACAACAGCAGCAGCAUCACCAUCAUUCCAGCCAUCGGCAACGUCAAGAGCCGAGCCCACCCUCGGUGGGAAGUUCCCCUUUCGUUUUGCCGUCGAUGACGCAGACCCCCAGCAUGCAUCUGCUGGAGAACAACAACCUGGUCGAGGUUGCGAUAGCCCAGCAGCAACAACAGUCUCAGCAGCAGAUGCAGAUGCAGCAACAGAAACAGAAGCAGACCAGCCCGACCAACAACAACACCAUAGAAGCUUGGAGGUCUAUCCAGGGUGGCCACCAGUGGUGGAGUCCGCCCAGUAGCGUCCAUCAGGAGCAACAACAGCAAGUAUCGCCUAUAGGACAGCAAGUCAGCCAGGCGCAAAGUUUGAUCGCCGGUUCGGUGUGCGGACAAGCACAGAGGCAGCAGCUUCAAUCGGAGAUCGACCAACCGUUGGACUUUUCGGUCGGUUCCCUUCAACAGCAGAGGCUGCACUCGCGCGUGAGGACUAUGCACGAAAGACUGCAAGGUAGGAUGCACGACAACAACAACGGCACCGCCAGCGGACAGAAGAUGAUCAGAGGAACGGCUAGCAGGAGAAGUUACAGCCCUAGCGAUGGUAGCAGCAGCAGCAGCGAGGACGAAGGAGUCUCCACCGGAGGCAGCCCCACCGGACCUCUCCGCGGCAACGAGAACGACUCGUGCGAGCAGCCAGUUGCGGAUCGACCUUACGGUAAACUUUGGAUAGGCGAUAACGAGGUCGCGUGGCGAACGGAACAAUCUUUCAAGAGGACGUCUCCCUUAAAUCCCUGCACCACGACCACUACCACGACGACGACAGGUGGUGGAGCACCGGUACACCCCCACCUGUCGCCACCCAUAGCCGCCCCUGUCACCACCCCCGACCAUAGGAGCCCUAGCAGCCUCCACGUGAAACUUGGUAUUUCUCCUACCAGCGACGCGCUCGGCCGAAUCGAUAAGGAGCCAGCCUCGCCGGAAUCCAUACAAGACGCGGACCUUCAUGGCGAGGUUGACGGACCCGAACUCAGCGGCGAUGACAGAAGUAUCGCCAGCGACAUCCAAGAUGCGACCGAGGCGAACCUUGACCAUGAUUCCAUGGACUCCGACAGGGAAGCCCUUAAUCUGGUCACGGACGUGUCCCAUCGCAACAGUAGCAGCGGUACAAGCGGCAGUGCCUCGUCGCCGAGUUCCGGGGUGAGCAGCCAGAUAACCGGAAGCCAUCAGCAACAGCAACACACCGGCCAGCAGAACAGCAGCAAUUCCCAAGCCGCUCUCGCAGCUCAGUUGGUUGGUCAGCAAUUACUGAUGCACGGUUCUUUGGGUGCGUUAGGACCACAGGAAAUUCAGGCACUCGCAUCGACGUUUCAACAACAACAGCAAUCGUUGCAGCAACAGUUACAACAGUUAGCGAUGUUCCAACAAGCGAACUCCGCUGCGGCGGGCCAACUUCCGGCGCAGGCACAGUUUUUCUUGCAGAAUCAGGUGCAGCAGGCAGUGGCGCAAGCGGCCCAGCAAUUGCAAGCUCUGCAGAAACAGCAGGCUCUCCAAGGUAGCGGGGGUCUGGUUGGUCGAAGUUUGACGCAACAAAGGUCACCACCGCCACCUGGCACACCGCCAGCCGUCAAACAACCACCGACCAGACUGGAACCAUCGCCAGAAGAGACCACUGACCUCGAAGAACUCGAACAGUUCGCCAAAACCUUCAAACAGAGGCGGAUCAAGCUCGGUUUCACUCAGGGCGAUGUUGGUCUGGCGAUGGGGAAACUUUACGGCAACGAUUUCUCUCAGACAACGAUCUCCAGGUUCGAGGCGCUGAAUCUGUCCUUCAAGAACAUGUGCAAGCUGAAGCCGCUCCUGCAGAAGUGGCUGGAGGACGCGGACAACUCUCUGAACAAUCCCAACUCCCUGUCGAACCCGCUCACCACACCGGAAGCCAUUGGCAGGCGGCGGAAGAAGAGGACCUCGAUAGAGACCAGCGUGAGAGUAGCGUUGGAAAAGGCGUUCAUGCAAAAUCCGAAACCCACCUCCGAAGAAAUAACAGUCUUGGCAGACAGUUUGGCGAUGGAGAAAGAAGUCGUUCGAGUAUGGUUUUGCAAUAGACGUACUGUCCGUUCCAGACGACAAAAGGAGAAAAGGAUCAACCCACCGACAGCGGCGAUGGGCAGCCCAACGAUGGCGUCCCCUGCACCCUCGGUGUUCGCGUCGCUCGCCAGCUCCAUGUCGGGAAGUCCUUUGGCUUUGACGACGCACUCUUCAGGCAUGGCGCAUUCUCAUCCUCAUCCGACACCGUUGGGAUCACCGUUACCCUUGGCCCUGGUGGCCUCCGCAGGUGGAAAUUACCAUCCGCUCAGCAGUAAGUCCCACGAGUGACACCAGCAGCCCACCCACCAGGGGGACACUAUUUUUCACCAGCACCAUCACCAACCACCACCGCAUCAACAGCAACAGCAACGACGUUUGUGCAAUUUACCGGAGUUCUAUCAUUAAUUCGCCGGCUGGUCUGUGUGCAGUGGGUCACUGGUGACGACCCAGGGUCGAUGCAUUUCGGUGCCAAAUGGAAUUUGGCGACGACUGGGUGAAGCAAUACACGGCUACACGUGUGGCUUGAUACAAUUCGAAACAUAUCCUGGUGUCGAGACCAGUUCGCUUCGAGGAAGCCGCGUUGGGAUAGAGGGGACAGAAGCGUAUAAUCAUCCGAAGAGUAUACGAACCGAGACUAUCGUCGGUGAAAGACUCUAGACAAUUACUUAUUUCGACUUUUAGUUCGAUGUUGCGAACAUCCAAAGAGCAGAGGUUUUGUUAGGAACUGUGUAUUUUUUUCUCAGUAUUACGUGUUUCGAUGCACCGACUGACGUCACUGAAGAGGAAACUGUAUCGAAUGAAGUUUUCGUCUUGAACUCAACAGUCUUCUUUCGUCGAUUUGACCAACUUAAUUAAUAUGAAAUCUCAAGUAUCCGUGUCGAUUUGAAAAUAUUUCGAAACGAUAACUUCAUUCUUACGUACGAUACGGAGGCCGAUGCCAUUCAACGUUUACCUGUACAACAUGCAAUUAACCACACGAAUGCAACUGGUCGCCAUAAAACCCUCAAUCGGUUUCCCUGGCUAGUCGUUCAAUUAUGAAAUAUUUAUCAGGAGGAAACCGUUCGUGCAAUCGACUGGUUUCUCUUCGAUUUUCAUUUUGGCGUCCAUCUUGGACUCGCAUCGUUCACGCUUCUCUCCGUUUCGCGACUUCGAAUACGUGUGCUUCGAAUUCGCGAAACGAGAACAAGAAAGGUCACUUGCAUUCGUGUUCGAAUCCUCAGACCACAGCACCAACAAGUAACACGUUGAAGGAAUGAUCACUUUCUGAAUUCAUCGAACGAGACGAUUCCUUCGAGGAGAGCCAUCUUCAAGCUCGUCUCUCCGUGGUAAGCAGGGUUUACGCGCCACCUGCGAGAGGACCAUUUCUUCAAGAUCGAAAGCUCGUCCAAAACCAAUAAGUUUCUUGUUCAAGCUGGUCCACUGCCAUGACAGUAAAUUACAGUAAAUAACGUCAUCAAUACCUACGAGCAAGAACGUAGCAUAACAGAUGAGCAAGAAAAUAAGAACAUAGGUUUCAACAAAAUUUCAAACCCUACUGAUAAUUAUUUUACAGUGAUAAAUUCCUGACAGAGGAAUUAUUUAUUUUGUAAACGAUUUGUAAGAAAAAGUGAAAGGUUGUGCGCCACAUUGUGGGCCAUAUAGCGAGACUAUAUCAUAGUAACAAUCAAAUAUUAGACGAGCUUGCGAUCUUCAAAUUCUAAUCACCCCUCGUGGGUGGCGAAAAUGCGGCGAGGUCCGACAAUACGUUUGUACAUAAUCGCGCGUGUGUUUGCGUGUCUGUCGCAGCGUCAUACAUAUCCGUGUCCCGAGGUACGUCUGUACAUAGAAAUAAAAGCCAGAAGGUAUCUAAUCAAGGAGAAUACGAGAGAAGCCUUGACCCGAUUAUAUUGAAAUUAGUUAAUUGUAGCUGCUCGAACCAAAGGUGUCAUCUUACGGAGAACAAACUGUUAAGAAUAAAAGGGAAGGGUUCAACAAAGGUGUGGAAGCUCUCGUGUUCUCGAAACAAUUCUUGCACAGACACGAGGAUUUAGCAUUUUGUAGAUACAUGCGUACGUGUACAUACGAUAUACAUAUAAGCGAAUCGUUAUACAUAUGUUUAUGAGGGUGAAAUUUCUUGGUCGUGGCUUGACAGUUCGCUCGUUCUCGAUAUUUUUCAAUAUCAAUUUCACACGAGGCUAUGACACGAGUUUCAAACGCGAACUGUGAUCCUGCGGGGCUUGAAAAUUCGACUUUCGAGGUGGUGAACUCCCGGUGAUUAAUUAAGGGCUAUGAUAGAUCAGUGAUGGGCAGGUGCCCAGGUCAAAGGUGUGUGACGAGAUAGUGUUCCAUUUCUCAGAUUUGAAAAUUUAGAAAUUCCUUUAGUAU